AGUGGAACGAAAACAAUCACAGACCAUAGGCGGGUUUAUUUUCUCCUGCGUGUUUUCAGCACUAUUUUCUGAAUAAUCGCAUAGUUUCUACAAAAAGGACACCAUGCCCGUUAUUUGUGCGGCAAUAGGGUGCAACAAUAAGUUUGUAAAAGGAUCGGAAAUAAGAUUUUACAGGUUCCCUCUCAGCAAGCCUCAGCUUGCAAGUAAAUGGGUCCACAGCCUGGGGAUGAAAAACUUCAUCCCAACUGCCAACACAUGCCUCUGCUCAGAGCAUUUCAGGACCGACUGCUUCAGGGACUACAAUGGCAAACAGUUUCUGCGGGAGGAUGCGGUGCCCACCAUAUUCACCCAAGGGCAGGAUUCAUCAAAGAUUGAACUGCGUAAAAGGGGGGUGAUACCAAAGGAGACGAACGUCACAAGUCAAAUAGGAACGCAAGCAGACAGAGACCGAGUGAGGGAAGCCGCCAAUCUACGCAGAGACAAAAGGGGAGGACUGAGGGGUGGACGAGGCGGCCGUGGAGGAAAACAGCUGUCUGACAGGCAGACCAUCGGAGCCAAAAGCAGACUGUACGACAGCAAAGGUCAGCUGCUCUCCAACGGCGAUGACAUGUGCGACUGUCUGGAUGUGGACUGUAUGGGCUGCUUCUACCCCUGCCCCGAGUGCCGCUCACGCAAGUGUGGGGUCGAGUGCCGCUGUGACAGGAAGUGGCUUUACGAGCAGGUGGAGGUGGAAGGUGGAGAGAUCAUCCGGAACAAGUAUGCUGUUUAGUCAGCAGAGACUCUGAGGCUUUAAAUGCUCACUAAUGGAACCAGGGGGCUUGUGGGAAUCAAACUCUCUCCCUCUCUGAACUCAGCUCGAAGUCAGGCUGAUGGAUCACACAAGGCUGUGAUGCUGUUUUAAAGGAAUAUUCCACAAUAUUCACUGAUAGGUUUUUCAAAGAUACCACCCGUUGUAGAAAACUUGGCAGAGCGAUGUAAAUAUUCUGCUGAGUGUUGGAUGUGCAUUUUGUUGCUGCUGUUUCCUUUAACCCUGUUUGUUCUGUAAAUAAAUGUAUUUCUUGAUAUCUGGCAUCUCCACUGUUGAUUUGCUGUAACAUCUGCAGCAGCAGGAGUAACUGUCCCAUGUCCAGGUACCUCGAGUGAAAACACCAAAUUCCACUUUGUCCCAGUGAGUUGCUGAAUUUAAUCUUUCAUUUUUUUUCUAUUUGAAUUAUUUACAAAAGUAAUCAUGUUACAUCUUUGUAGUGUUCAAGCUUCAGAACACCUCCAUAUGUCCAUGUCCUUUUAUCGUUGUAUCUACACUCAAACUUCUUCAUCCUUCAGGUACUGUUCAUCACAGUCAGAGAUGGUAAUCUGGAAAACUGAAAGAUAACAGUUUAUCCAGAAGAAGACAUGUUGGUUUUAGCAGUUAACAAAAAGAAGAAAAGCCCAGCAAGAUCUCUGGAAAGCAUCAUGAUGUUUAUAAAACUAGAUGCAGGUUUUAAGUUGUAGCAGCUGUACUUCAGGAGCUUCUGUAAACCACAAGUUAAAUAAACAGAAUGAAUCAGAAGAUUCUCUCCUCAGUGAGAAAAAAACAAAAACAAAUAUCGUUUAAAGGUCAAACCAUAAAUCCCACUGUGUAUCUGUCCAGUGUUCAGUUAAAGUAAAGGCAGUGGUGUAAUGGAAGGUAAUCCUGUAUGUGUGUUAUAGAAAAGAAAGGCAUUUUAAUAGAUAAUCCAACUAGUAAAUGAAUGCCCCAAUAAAAUGUCAUUAAUUUUCAUUUUCCAUCAGGUCAUUUUGGCCUGAUUAUCAUAGACUGGUCCAAACUAGAGGACCCAUCAUUUCACCGCCCCCCCGCCCCCCAUGUACUGACAAAAGGCAGCGGGUAAGCAGCAUGACACAGCAGUUCAUCACGCCGGCUAAAGAAAGAGCUGCAGAACUGUUCAGACAGUAAUGUCUCAUUUAUACACAUCCUGCUGUCCUUGAGCUCCGCUGUGGGUCAAGUGUCAUGCAGUCCAGGACUGCUUUGUCUCCAUGUCCUCUGCUUAUUUCCAGGGAACAUUG